AUGAAAGAAUGUGCGAACUUCCACAGCUUCUGCGACUUUGCUCUGAAGAUCAUCGGGCGAUUCUAUGAGGUGGAGUACCUCGGUUUGAUCCAUCUCGAGCAGCAUGCCUGUAACUUUACCAGCUUGCUCUCGCUCUAUUCGUUCAACGAGUGGAGAAGUUUUGUGGAUUUACUUUCCGUUGUUUGUUCCUUAACAUACUUGAAAGAUGUGGACAUAAUUCGGGGUGACUUUUUGGAUAUCAAUCCAGGAGAUCCCUUAUUUGCAAAGGUCCAUGCGAUACUUUUGGAUCCUUCAUGCUCUGGAUCUGGAAUCUCUGUUGAGAGAUUAGAUCACCUGCUCCCAUCACAUUCUGCAGGGAAUGGCAUCGACAUUGCUAACAGUAGAAGAAUCAAUAAACUUGCUGCUUUUCAGAGAAAAGCUCUUGAGCACGCAUUGUCAUUCCCGUUAGUUGAGAGAGUAGUUUACAGUACGUGCUCUAUCCACCAAGAAGAGAAUGAGGAUGUUGUCAAGUCUGUUCUUCCUUUAGCAGCAUCCCUUGGUUUUGAGUUGGCAUCUCCUUUUCCACAGUGGCAUCACCGCGGCCUCCCACUUUUUGAAGGAUCUGAACAUCUACUAAGGACAGAUCCUGCUGAUAACUUGGAGGGCUUCUUUAUCGCAUUAUUUGUGAGGAAGCAUCUACCUGAUGGGAAUUUUCAUCCGGAACAAUGCAAGCAGCGGUGUCCUUCUUCGGAAAAUAAGCAUCAUAGGAAAAGGAAAAGGAAAAGACUCAUGCCAUUAACUGUCUUACGAAUGUCGCGGAGGUUGCUCUUCCAUUCUGCUUUAUUAACACCAAGUAGGAUUUAAAAACUAAGGGAAGAUCACGUUUCCGGGUCAAACACCGAGAUGGAUACCUCCAGGUACUAUAGUUCUCCGUGGCGUUGAGUGCUCCACUGCAAAACUGUGCAAAGGCUACUGUGUUGCAUUCGAUUUUUAUUACGGUUCAGUAGGAAUCUGACCGUCAUCGGUUGCUCCUCCUGGCAUAUGUUAGUACGAGCUAACAUGCUCUGCCGAAGUGAAAUAUAUUAAAAUAAAAAAUUA